AUGAGAUGCGGCGCCGAACUUCACGUCCCAAGGCGGAAUGGCCGCAGUGGAAAUUUCGCGUCACGUACCUGCGCGGCAGCAGAUUGGCAGCGUUUUAUUACCUGCGGAUUUGGGAACGCAGUCGGACGCUUUCGUGGAAGCGAAGCGGAGGCUGUGGCGGGGGCGGGGAGCGGUGGCGGUGAAUGCGACAGCAACGGCAGCGGCGGCGCACAUUGGCAAAGCACGGCGGUGAAGGCGGCGGAGUCGGUGGCGAACGCGAACGCAGACGAAGCGCGGGACGCGAGGGCUGUGCCUCGAGGUGUGGUAACUCCACCACCGUUGGCUGUGUGCCCUGACGGGCCAACGGUCGAGGAGUUCCUCGGCCUCGCGGCACGCAGCGGCCCAACGCCGCGCCCUACGCCCUGCGCUCUUCGAACCCACACAGAGCACAUUCCGGCCCUGCGACAACACUGCCGGUCCCGCGACGCGACGCCGGCACCUCAAGAAGGACGCGGGAGGCUUCAUAAACCUCAUUCCUGCGCUCAACGUGUAAAUUGUGCCGACUCACUCACGCUGGUGGGUUUUAUACUUGUAAACCUCGCGCUUUGCGCAAAAUUCACGCCCAGGCUGGUGCGAAUUCAUGCGUUGCACGGGUGUCGAAGUGCACUUGGGCCUUUUGUAUACAUGUGGUAUAUCCACAAGAUGGUACGACCGCGUCCGGCCCAGGCGCGGAAAGCAGAGGUUCUGAAAACGGCGGCCUGUAUCCGUUGCCCACGUACAAACGAAGGCGAACUAGCGAGCAACGUUUCCUUCAGCCCACCACUGAGAAAUUUCCCCAAGGCGUCGGACGAUAAAAUACGCGAACCCGCAAGCGGAAGCUGUCUUUUUCUUGCCACCCACUCAACGAUAUUCGGUGAAGUGCAAGGGACAUUUUCGCAACCAGACGAGGUGAAAACGGACGGACCAGGGCGCACGAGGAAGAAGACGGAACGACGCAUGAAGGCAACGCAGACGGCAGAGGCGAAUCCCGUCUCUUACGACGCAGAAGCUGGGACCGAGCGACGGCGACGCAGAGACCAGCGCAGGCCAUCAAGGCCAAAAGUGGGAAGUCCACGAGGUAACAUUUAG